CAGCUGCUUCUUCAACACUCGUGAAGAAAGACAGACAGAGAGAGGAGUCGUCAGCUGAGUGUAACAAGGCUCGCUAUCUCUGAACUUUGACAUGCAAUAAGGAGCGCACGGCUACGGAGAAAAAACAGAACAAAAGAAUAGAAGACAUCUUGCACGAGUGCCUGCAGUAUUUAAAAAGACAAACUUAACUGAAGUAUCAGUUUCUCCUGCUUGAAUCACUGAUUUCUGCAAUGGUCAGGGGUGUGUGCGCCACUGUGACUCUCCUCUUGUGUGUUCUCGGAGGCCAAGCAGUGGACCUGCUCAGAGUGACUACAACAUCAGGGAACCCUCCCUCCAUUCCCCAAGUGCACUGCUGGUGUGCCAGUUAUCCAAAUGUCACUCUCUGUUCCUGGCCUGAACCCUCUCAAUCCCCACCGAUACGCUACGUCGCCACCUACAGUGAGAGACACAGACGCACAUCGACCAAUCAGUGCCAUCUCAUCCAACCUGGCUCUUCAUUCUCUGCUCUGACAUCGGCUUCAUCGUCUCAACCGUUCUGGCACUGCUACCUACCAAACCUGAAGCUUCUCACUGACUACAUCAUCAAUGUCACAGCGGUUUAUUCAGACGCCAGCAGCUCCCAUCUGGCAAGUUUCAUGUUGGAGGAUAUAGUGAAACCAGAUCCUCCUGUACAAGUCCGGGUUUCCCCUCAUAAUAACAGAAACCUGCUCGUGGAGUGGUCUCCUCCCCCUACUUGGACCAACAUGGACAUCUUCCCCCUCAAAUACCAGAUCCUGUACAAGUGGGAAAACAGGGGCACCCCAAAGUCUGUCAAUCUGGGUCCAUUUGAGAGCACCAAGGCUGAGCUGAAGGGGCUGACACCAGGAAGGCCUUACUUUUUCCAGGUGUGUGCGAAGGAGCUGCUGGAUCUCGGGGAGUGUAGCGACUGGAGCUCACCUGUAAACAUCACCAUAUCAUGAGGGAAUCUGUAGAGCCUCCUUCACACUCCUCAUUUUAAACUUGAAAGCUCAAGAUCGGCAGACAGGUUGUACAUGUCUUGUUUGAACUACAUGAGCAGUGCAAGCUAAAGCUGUUGAUAUAUUGUGUUAUUUAUAAAGAGGACACAUAUUUAAUUAUAUUAGUAUUUAUUGUAAUUCUGUCUUUUUGUGUUGAAUUGUUUGUCUAUGGAGCAGCUGAUAAUGUUAACUUAUUGUGACAAAAUAAGUGCUUCCCAUUUGUGUGAAAAAUUGAAUAAAAAAUAAAGCAUGAGUA